UCUGACAGUUUUGGUCUGCAGAAAAAAGAGAAUAUUCCGGAUUUAUCUGGGAGAUUACAACCAAAUACGUACAGUUGUUUUACCCGUUAUUUACGUAAAGUGUUUAGUUUCCUUCCUUGUGAUAUUUACGGCUUGUUAUUAUUUUCAUCAUGGUGGACUACAGCAAAUGGAAAGAUAUUGAGAUUUCUGAUGAUGAGGACGAGACGCACCCUAACAUUGAUACUCCGUCGCUAUUUCGAUGGAGGCACCAAGCCCGUGUCGACCGAAUGGAGGAGAGGAAGCGAGAAAGGGAGGAACAUGAACAAAGAAAGAUUGAAAACCUUAGGCGGUUAGCUGAAACCAAGAGAAAGAUCUCAGAGGCUGAGCCCAGCAGCCCUAACCUGGAUUCUUUGAAAAAGGAGCUUGAAGAGUUAGAGAAACAAGAGAAGCAAAUUCAGAAGAAAGAUGAGGAAUUGAAGAAAAAAGAAAAGCUCACACCAUGGAAUGUCGACACUAUUAGUGAACCUGGUUUUACCAAAACUAUUAUAAACACCAAGAAUCCACGUCAAAAGGAUGAGAAUUUGACAGAGGAGGAGAAAGAGGAAAAGAUGAAGAAGUUUAUCCAUGACAAUGAGAAGUUGUUAAAACAGUUUGGUAUGCUAAGGAAGUAUGAUGACUCAAAAAAGUUUCUACAGGAUCACAAUCAACUGGUCUGCGAGGAGACAGCUAACUACUUGGUUAUUUGGUGCAUAAAUCUGGAAAUGGAAGGAAAACAUGAAUUGAUGGCUCAUGUGGCUCACCAGACUAUCUGCAUGCAGUACAUCCUGGAGCUCUCUAAGCAGCUGGAUGUAGAUCCUCGGGCCUGCAUUGGUUCAUUCUUCACUAGAAUCCAAGUUGCAGAGAAAACAUACAAAGACUCCUUCGAUGAUGAGUUGGAACAGUUCAAGGCGAGAAUCAAGAAGAGAGCAGCCGAGAAGAUCCAGGAGGCUCUUAGGGAGCAGGAAGAGGAGGAACGGAAGGCUAGGCUCGGCCCUGGAGGCUUGGACCCAGUCGAGGUGUAUGAGGAGCUGCCUGACGAACUGAAGAAAUGCUUUGAUUCCCAAGAUGUGCCGAUGUUGCAAGCAACCAUUGCAAAAAUGCCUGAACAAGAAGCUAUUUACUACAUGAAGAGAUGCGUGGACUCAGGCCUGUGGGUGCCUGGCAAAACUGAUGACGACGAACCCACCAUGAGAGAGAAUGCAGAAGCGUCCGGAGACACUCCUGCAACUUCCAAAUCCAGUGUCGAUGAUGUUGACUGAUUGAUUUACUGCAUUUAAUAGUUUAGUUCUUGUAUUCCCAUUGUCCCCCACCAUUUCGUUCUCACUGGUGGACAUCGGGAAAAAUUAUAUUGUUGGACAGUUUUUUUUCCUGAUGUCCACUACAUUUUAGGGGGACAACGAGAUUACACCGUUUAGUUAUCAAACAUCAAUAGGCACUCAUGAAAUACCCAGAUGCAGAGAUAUGUUCAUAAUGUUCACAUAGAAUAAGGAUUUGAGAAUUAAGUUUAUUUUUAUAUUUUGUGUAUUCCUUUGUAACAAACCUGAUUCUAUCAAAUUCUAUUGGAUAGCAAUAAAUAGAUGUAGAAUACUGGUUGAGCAAAGAUUAGUGAAGUAUUAAUUUGUGUUGUUAGUCGAAUGAUGUUAGCGAUAAUUAAAAAAAAAGUUUAGGUUACUUACAUAGAGUACUGGAUAUACAAAGCUUUUUAUUGUAUACUUAUACACAGAGCUUUUUAAUUUUAUACAACCGAAUACAAUAAAUACAAAAUAAAAUUAUAAGUAAGCGAAACAUCUCUUGUCAUGUGAAAUUAAAUUUUAUCGCCUAA